AUGAUCCUCGAGGAGAGGCCAGACGUCCCGGGCGGCGGCGAGGACAGCUCCCGGCUGCAAAGCUGUGACCCGCUGGCUCAGUCACAGCACAGCCGCCUGCAGAGCCGCAGGGCCCGCGUCCACCAGCUGAUCAACAAGGAGCUGCGCAUGCGGACGGGCGCCGAGAACCUAUACAGAGCCACCAGCAACAGCCAGGUCAGGGAGACGGUCGUCCUGGAGCUGAGCUACGUCAAUGCCAGCCUGCAGCUGCUGAAGGAGGAGCUGGAGGAGCUCAACAGCAGCGUGGACACACCCCGGCACGAGGGGGAAGGCGUCAGCAUCCCCAUGAUCCCUCUGGGCCUGAAGGAGACCAGGGAGCUGGACUGGUCCACACCCUUGAAGGAGCUGAUCUCAAGGCACUUUGGCGAGGACAGCGCCUCCUACGAGGUGGAACUGAAGGAGCUGGAGGACCUGAGGCAGGCCAUGCGGAUGCCCAGCCGAGACCAGGCAGGCCUGGAGCUGCUCAUGGUCUACUACAGCCAGCUCUGCUUCCUGGACGCCCGCUUCUCGGCGCCCACCAGGAGCCUGGGGCUGCUCUUCCACUGGUAUGACUCGCUCACGGGGGUCCCGGCCCAGCAGCAGACCCUGGCCUUUGAGAAGGGCAGCGUGCUCUUCAACAUUGGCGCCCUCUACACCCAGAUCGGGGCCCGCCAGGACCGCUCCUGUGUCGAGGGCUCCGGCCGGGCAAUCGAGGCCUUCCAGCGGGCUGCAGGGGCUUUCAGCCUCCUCAGGGAGAGCUUCUCCCACGCACCAAGCCCCGACAUGAGCCCCACCGCGCUCCACGUGCUGGAGCAGCUCAUGACCGCCCAGGCCCAGGAGUGCGUCUUCGAGGGCCUCUUGCUGCCGGCCCCCACCGCGCCCCAUGACAGCCCAGCCCAGCUGCGCCUGGCCCAGGAGGCCGCCCAGGUGGCGGCCGAGUACGGCCUCGUGCACCGGGCCCUGGCACAGCCACCUGCCCGUGACUACAUGCCCCGCUCCUGGGCCGCCCUGGUCCAGGCCAAGGCCGAGUACUUCCGUGCCCUGGCCCACUUCCACACGGCUGUGGCUCUCUGUGACAGCCCCUCGCCGGCCGAGGGAGAGCUCCCCAUGCAUGAGGUCUUCGGGCCACCCUGGGCCUCUGAGCCGCUGGGCCCCACGCUGCCGCUGGAGCCGGAGGAGCGCAGGAAGCGUGGCAAGGCCCACCUGAGGCGUGCCAUCCUGGGGCAGGAGGAGGCGCUGAGGUUGCACAGCCUAUGCCGUGUGCCUCGCAAGGUGGACCUGCUGCAGGCCGUGGUGGCCCAGGCGCUGCGGCACUCGCUGGCCAAGUACGCAGAGCUCGACCGCGAGGACGACUUCUUCGAGGCCGCCGAGGCCCCCGACAUCCAGCCUAAAACCCAUCAGAAGCCGGAGGUCAGAACACCCAGCUUCUCCCAGAUGAAGAGGGCUGACAUCUUCCACCGGCUGGGACCCCUGUCCGUGUUCUCAGCCAAGAACCGGUGGCGGCUGGUGGGGCCAGUGCGUGUGACCCGAGGAGAGGGGGGCUUCGGUUUCACCCUGCGGGGAGACUCGCCUGUGCUCAUCGCCGCCGUCAUCCCGGGGGGCCAGGCUGCGGCGGCCGGCCUCAAGGAGGGUGACUACAUUGUGUCCGUGAACGGGCAGCCGUGCAAGUGGUGGAAGCACGCGGAGGUGGUGGCGCAGCUGCGGAGUGCGGGUGACGAGGGCGUGGACCUGGGCGUGGUGACGCUGCUGUCCGGCGCCGAGCUGCCCGGCACGGGGGACCGCUGGCCGGCACUGCUGGGCCCGGGGGGCCUCCUGAGGAGCCAGAAGGAGUGUGGCUGUGAGAUGCCAGCGCCCGCCCAGGCCAGCCCCAGGCCUCUGCUCGGCUGGAGCCGCAAGACCAAGGGGAGCAAGGCCAAAGGCUAUCCCCAGCCCCUGGCCCCUGCAGGGACCGCCACACCGGCCCCUGCCCCUUGUGGGCCACCCUCACCCUCCGAGUGCCCAGGCUGGCUGUGA